AUGGCCGACAUCAUGAACCCGGAGACGCAGACAUUGCAGGAGCAGACCCACCCACUUAUUGACCUCGACGAGCGGGCACCAACCCCUCAGCUCUAUCAGACCAACCCCUUCCUUGCCAAUUACAGGUCCAACCCGUUCCCUCGCAAUUCCAACAACCCAUUCCGGAAGUGCGCAGCAAAGCCAGAGAACCAGCCAAACACCCAGCAGAGCUCGCAGCAGCAGGACACCCGGGAAGAAGCAAAGAACAAUGUGGAGACGGGGGGGACAGACGAGUCACCCAUGGAGUGGUGCUUCCCUCCUGGGCACUUCCGCAGCCGCUAUUCGAUGAUGCCUAGCGAGGCCGGCUCCUACGACUGGAGUGACCUCAACCAUUCGGCAUGCCAGCCGUCAAACCCAAAGCUCCUCCUCCUCACAGCAUUCACAGAAAAGGAGGACAACGUGGAACUUCUAUACACCGGCUACCUAGCCGCUUGUCUUGGUUAA